AUAAAAACAUAUGUAUUUUACGACAGUGCAGAGAAUGGAUAAUUAAAGUUUCCAGGAUUUCAAAGUAAUUGCUGCUUACUACAAAAUCGUUAUAAAUUUUAUUACAAUAUGGAAGACACGAAUGGAUUAAUAUACGGCUUGGAGUUACAAGCACGAGCAUUGACACCACAAUAUGGAGAAAAUAAUGAGGUGCGCUUCUUUAUAGCCACCAACUCAUUGAAGCCAACUAACCAAGUACACUUAUUGGAAUUCAACGAGGAAAAAGCAAAUGUCAAAUCAAAGAUAUAUGAGCAUUCACUAGGAGAGGUUUGGAAAUUAAAUAGUAGUCCACAUAAUGAAAAUCUAAUUGCGUCUUGUUACAACGUUCUGAAAGGUGCGCAGGUGAAAACGCAAGCAGCACUUCUCCAAAUGGCCACCGAUCUAGAUGAGCAAAAUGUAAAAAUGGAAUUUUUACCGUGGCAACAAAUAGAAACACUUGACACAGAGAAAUUUGGAGAUAAAGUCAAAACUUUAGAAUUCCAUCCAAGUCAGGAAAAUACUUUAGCCUGUGUGGUUGAUGGGAAAGUUAUUAUUUUUGAUCGUGCUCAAUCGCAAACGCGUGUUAUAGCAGAAGCGACAGCACCAAGUUGUCAAAAGAAUUCUCCACCUUUUACCACCGGCAAAUGGUCACACCACCAUCAAGGCCAUCAAUUCUUCACUUUGCACGAUUGUAGUGUACGAUCUUUUGACAUACGUGACACCCAACAUUGUGCAUGGUCUAUUGAAGAUGCGCACACUCAACUUAUUCGAGAUUUAGAUUGUAAUCCGAAUAAACAAUGCCAUAUUGUAACAGGUGGCGAUGAUGGUGCUGUAAAGGUUUGGGAUUGCCGCAUGCCAAAAGAAGCAGUAUUUUCUCGAAACGAUCAUUCUCAUUGGGUAUGGUCUGUUAGAUUUAAUACAUUCCAUGAUCAAUUAAUACUAUCUAGCUCGAGUGAUUGUAAAGUUUUAUUAACUUGUGCUGGUUCAGUGAGUUCAGAAGCGGCGGCUAGUGAUGCAUUAAAUGAAGAGCGUAAACGUGUUCUUUCUGAUGGAUUACUACAAACAUUUGAUCAGCAUGAAGAUUCUGUGUAUUGCGUCGAGUGGAGUAAUGUAGAUCCUUGGAUAUUCGCUUCGCUUAGUUACGAUGGACGUGUAUUGAUUUCGAAAGUUCCAAAACAGUAUAAAUACCAGAUAAUAUUCUGAGUAAUAUUUAUUAAAUUUAAGUUUAUGUAUGUACAUUUAUUUAUAUUAUUAGCUAAUGUGGAAUAAAUUAAAUAAAUAUUGAAGACU